AUGUUUACUUGUCCUAUCAAUAAUUGUAGUGUGGAAAUCGAAAUCAUUAAAAAGUCACCACUAAUGCGGGCUCCAUCACAAAGAAGUAUGAGCAUAGAUAAAGGAUCACAAGACCUAGUAAUAUUUAGUAAAAAUUCUUUAACAAAUCUAGAUAGAAUCGUAGAAGAGAACUCUGAAUCUGGCAUACCUGACUCUACUACAA